AUGCAAGAAGAACCAUCCAUCACUCCAAGAAACACUCCCUCCACUCAAACGCUUCAUCAACACGAGUAUAGAAAUUACAUUCAAUUUCGAGAAAAGAUGAUUCUCCGAGACACUAAAUGUUUUGUUUGUUCUUCUCCUGAAUUUAAAGAUUAUUCCUUGGAAGAGAUUUUAGAGAACAACAAGGCUUUGAUGGAUAGCGACUCAAUGGCAAAGGUAGAAAAUCAAAUUCAAUUUUUGAGAGAGACUUUGAACAGUGAUGAUGGAUUUGUAUGUUCCGAUCAGGAAAUUAAAUUCAAAUUAUUGCAAUUUACAGAACAAUUGGAACAAGUGGAAAUUCAUCCGAGAGAAUUAUUCAUACCCUCUUGCUCCUUGUAUCAAAGAGCCUACAAGUAUUACUUUGCUGAUACGAGAAAUGAUGCAUCCAUGAGUGGUUUUCAUACUCUGAACAAGAUGAUGCUCACUACAUUGUUUAUUGGACUUCCUUUCAUGCUGAAACACUAUGCCAUUCGUCGAGUGUGCUCUUCCUUGCUUGGCACUAUUUUUAAAGUAAGCCAGUAA